AUGCCAACUCACCUGUUGUUGCCACAUGUGGAAAGUCCAGAUGGACUUGGACAAGACAGUCUAAACAUUAGUAGUGGUGCUAGCACGCCAGGGGCUGGCUCCAGCAUGACCCCUCACAGUAACAUCGUUGACAAGGCUGAGCCUCAGCCUGAGGAAAGCCUGCUGGAAGCCCUGGACUGCAUGUUUUGUGACCAGACCUUCACACACCAAGAUGACCUGGGCCCACACGUCCUGACCCAGCACCCCACAACACUGUUUGAACCUGCCGUUUUGUGUGUGGAGGCAGAGUACUUGAUCCCAGGUGAAAGGGCCAGGUCCAAACCCAGCUUGCUAUCUGUAAAGGAGUUGGAGGUGUUUAGCUGUGUUGUGUGUGAUCGGACCACAGAGGACGCCAUCGAGCUGGAGAGCCACAUGCGGACACACAAGGACUGUUUCCCUUUUCACUGUAACCUUUGUGGCCGGCGGUUCAAGGAACCCUGGUUUCUCAGGAACCAUAUCAGGUUCCAUAAGACAAAGGCCCAGCAGAACCUGGACAGUCCAAUUAUUAUCAAUGAAGUCAUCCAAGACCAAGUCUCAAAGCCUGUAAUCACGCCUUACAAAAUGUGCUUUACCUGUGGAUUCUUUUUUCCCGAUAAAGACAGUUUGGUGGAACACAGUAAAUUACAUCGUAAAGAAUCAGAAGCUGAUGAAGACAGAGAAAAUGAUAGACGGGAAGAUUCCCUCAGUCAAGAAGUUUUUUUACGGAGCCUAAACCUUUGCCCCAUAUCUGAGAAAAGUAGUACGACGCCAGAGAGAUCCUCCAAAUGGAUAGCCCAACUAGACCCUUUCAACACUUACCAGGCCUGGCAACUUGCCACCAAGGGAAAGGUAGCAGUUGGUCCAAGUGUGGCUAAAGACGUAGGCCUAAGCCAAAACAACAGCUCCGACAACGAGGACUCUGGCUCAGAUAAAGAAGAACUGACAAAUAUCUGGUCAGAAGGCCAAGGAGGUGACGACAAGCGUGUUAAGGAAAACAUCGAUAGAGAUCUGAAAUCCAGACAGACUACAGAAGAGACUCCAUCACCAGAGCCUGAUCAGAAGUCAAGUCGAAAUGAUAAGCCGACCCGCUGCGAGGACUGUGGGAGGACGUUCAGGACGUACCACCAGCUUGUUCUCCACUCCAGGGUGCACAAGAGGGAGAGGGGCGAGGGGGAGAGCCCCACCGCCUCCAUUGAUGGAAAGCUCUCCAGAGCAGGGUCCCCCAGAGAGGAGGGGUCUGAAGACGGGUUAGAGGUGGGAGCACCGGGAUAUGCCUUCUAUUCAGAUAAAAGUGAAGAAGGUUUUGAUCGAAUGAAGGGGAAACAUCUUGUGUCCUCCAGGGAAUGUAGUUACUGUGGCAAGACAUUCCGUUCCAGCUAUUACCUCAACAUUCACCUCAGGACGCAUACAGGUGAAAAACCAUACAAAUGUAUAUACUGUGACUAUGCUGCAGCCCAGAAGACCUCACUGAGAUAUCACUUGGAUCGACGUCACAAGGACAAACCAUACACUGACAUCCCUAAUAAGCCUCUGGUAUCCGUGCCAUCUCCCAUUUUGAAAGAAUUCCCCAGAAACAGAGAAGACAAACAGGUCCCCAACAGGUCCAAACUAUGGCAGACUCCCAAUGUCAAACUAGCAACCAAACCUUGUGCCAAUGUAAAACCAGAGGAUAGAUUUAAUAGCAUCGGUGGCAAGCUUGACGGCCCGCUUGCUCAAGUGAAUGCUGAGUAUGGGAAAUUGAUUACUACGGCUGCUUACUCCUCUUCUGCUGAUGAUGCGCACAUAAAAUUCCCUGUACUUAUUAACCCGAAGAUGGAAGGAAAGGAGAUAGACAAGGGCUUUGAGGCUCCAUUAAAUUUGUCCUUAAAAGUGUCACUCUCCAUCUCCGCCACCCUAAUACCAAGGAACGCAUUGAUUUCAAAUGUCUGUUCGUCCUGUGCCUUUAGCACUCUGUACCCAGAGGUCCUGCUCAUGCACAAGAAGCUGGUUCACAAGGAGAAGUUGGAAACGAUCAAGAAGAACAGAAGUCUUAAACAGAAGCGUUACACUGGCUGCCCCCCUGCCCUAGAGGGAAAAGAUGUCCUCCCGCUGCCUCCUAUUGACAGAAGACAUCCUCGGCGGACCAAAUCCCCAACUCCACAGCCUCCUGCAAAAUCUGCAGAGAAGACCCAUCCUACCGACUCUCCUCAUGGGCCCAAACGGUCCCAGACCAGCGAACCACCACAGAGGGAGACAGCCCUGGACACUCGGCGGUACAGGAUGAUGAUGGAGAAUCGCACCAGUCAGGGCCAGUCCAGGUUUACAGAGCCAGCUGAACAAUCCAACACCAAAGGUACAAAAGAUAACAGGUCUGUAGUGGACAGACCAAGGCAGAGCCCAUCGGACAGCAGAGGGGCGAACGGACAAAGUGUAAGAAGUGGCCCAGGCAGAAAUUGGAACGGCGUGGUAUGGCCCUCCGACACUGCUAAGCUGUGCCUCUCCAGCCGGUUCGGUAGUCUGCCCCCGAUGGACUUUGGUGGUGAGCCCUCCAGCAAGAGACCAAGGUACUCAGGGCUUCCCGGAAGGGAAAUGGACACUGUAGAGACGUCUAGCUUUAGGACCGAGUACAACAGACUGCUGAACUCCGGGAGACCCCAAGUGAAAAACUCAUUUUCGUCACAAGGAACCUCUCUCUCUAACAACAGGCCUCAGGCCUAUGCCCCGGUCAAAGCAUCCAAUCCUCCAUCCUCUGCAAGCAGCAGCAGCAUGGAGACUGACUGGAAUAUGAUCAACAUCCUCCGCUCCUACAACCCCAGUGACCUGGCCUCCCUCUACCACCCCACCGUGGCUAACCCCAGUCACGGAGUGCUGACCAACCGAAGAGGAAACGGGGGAGAGCACGCCCUCAUCAACAUCGACAGCGAGAGCUUCAACUUCUUCAGUGUCCAAAUCACUAAGGACUUAAAAGGGUCCACAAACGCGCGCACAUUCAUGAAGAAGGUAGCAUCUCGUCCCCCUCAGGAGGUUGAAAAGGGGGAUCCUAUGUCUACGGAGUGCAGACUGCACCCCUCUGUGAUUGCCCAGAUAUGGGACCAGUUCAGCUGGGCCGACGUAGAUCUUUACACGUCACGAGAAAACGCGGAUUGCCGUUUGUUCUUCUCAUUGAGUGAUCUGGGCGCUCCAUUGGGAAGGGAUGCUUUGGUGUAUCAGUGGCCUCGAACCUUGCUCUAUGCGUUUCCUCCGGUGGACCUGAUUCAGUCCAUCGUGGUGAGGGUCCAUCAGGAGGACCUGAAGAUCCUUUACUACAAGCCUGUCCUGCUCAUGACCUUGGCCUCAGCCAAGCACUUUGGGGAUCUCCUAGCACUUGGUUCUAUAUUGAACAACGGAGGUUGCAUGGCCGGUGUUCGAGAGCUGGUGUUCCCCACGCACCUUUGUGAGGUUGUGUCACUCGGAUGUAACUGCUCCCAGUGUGGCUCAUAG